UAACGCACACAAACUCAUAGUCGUCGGAAAUAUAAACCGAAAACAUAUUGAUAGAAACGUGUUUCUUUUCUGCAAUUGUAGCUUUUACUGUUAUGCUAUGGGUAGUUUACGUCCUUGUAUACUUCAUUACUUAUCUGAAGGAAGCCGUGAUAGUUUCUAUUAUUAACUUUGACUAAUUGUCACACAUCUCUUUAGAUUGUAACAUCCUAGGCACUAAACAGUUGCACUCGUGAUUAGCCCAGGAAAGUGUUGUUUACGAUUCUACGGAGUGUUUGUUUAAUUAAUAAACAGUAAAAACCGUAGUAAGCAAAAAUGGCUAAUCCUGCUCUAAGAGAUAUGGUAGAAGAAGAUGCGGCAGCGUUAGUGUUCCCAAAAGAGUUCGAGAAUGCAGAAACGCUGCUGAUCAGCGAGGUGCACAUGCUGCUGGAGCACCGGAAGGCACAGAACGAAAGUGCUGAGGAGGAGCAAGAAUUCUCAGAGGUGUUCGUCAAGACGCUGGGCUACACCAAUCGCUUUCGAAAGUUCAAGAACAAGGACACAAUUGCCGCUGUACGUAGUCUACUGGCACAAAAGAAGCUGCACAAAUUUGAACUGGCUUCGUUGGCGAACCUGUGUCCGGAGAAUCCCGAAGAAGCAAAGUCGCUGAUUCCGAGCCUGGAAGGGAGAUUUGAAGACGAGGAGCUGAGACAGAUCCUGGAAGACAUCCAGACGAAGAGGAGCCUCCAGUACUGAUGAUUGUGCACUGCAUGUGUUUGAUGCCUGGCUGCCGGCAACGAGUCGCACAUAUGUAUCGUUGUAGGGGAUGAUUGUUCUUUUAAGCAAAGUUUUCUGUGUUGAGUUUAUAUUCUUUGAUAGGGUUUUUCUGGCAUUUGUUUACUGGACUUGUAAGUUAUUUUGCCACCCAAGUGUUAUUUCAGUUAUUACUGUCAUUCAUUGCAUUUAAAAAAUGGGUCAGCUGAAGUUAGUCUGUAUAAUUACUCCAACUGAUUUCCCUUAUUUUGUUACAAAACAGUGAAAUAAUUGAUCAGUAAAUGAAACAAACUACUGGGAACUUAAAUUCAAGAAUAGAACAGUAGUCACAUCAGGAUAGUUAGUAAUAGAAAUACACAACUUCCGCAGUUUCUCAAUUUUUACCUGUAUUUAACACAUUUGUGAUGGCAAUGUGAUGUUGACUGGAAUAUUGUGUGCAUAGAUGAACUUUUAUUUUGUAAAAACUGACAUUCCAGAAACAAGGGAUUGUGCUGCUGCAGUAGUCUUUUUCUUUCCAGUUUCCACACCUGUUAUAACUUGCAUGAUUGAAGAACUGUUUUGUUUAUUUUAAUAUGGAUCUCGGCAUCCACCUGUAAGUAAUUUAAAAAGAAAGGAAAUAUUGGUCAGUCGUCUGUUGUCAGGUGUCCAGAUGUGAUCAGUUUCAUUUUUCAGGACAAUAUUUGAGGAACUGAUCUAAUAAAUAGUGGUAACAACUCACCGAACACCUUACCUUUACAUUGGGUGUGUUGCACACUUAUCAGGCAUCACCUCAUAAUGAUCACUGUCUUGAUAUAUGUGAUCAGUGUCUCACUAGAUUCCCCUAAAAAUCGGAAGUUGUGAGCUAUCUAGAGACUGAGUGAGGAUCUAUAUAAAGUGCCAGCUAACCUACAGAACAUUUUUGUUCUACGUAGUUACCCUCUUAUCUCUUACUUAAGAAUAAACAGAACUUGUAACAAAACUGAAAUUGUGAGUGCUUAAUUAACAUUUUAUUCAAAAAUUUUUGGUUUCUGAUGUGAAACAGAGAAAUGUUGUAGCAGAAAUAAAAAAGCAAUACAGAUUUAUCA